CCUUUAAACGGAAACGGCAUGUAGUUUAGCAAUGCCAGUUACUUGAUAUCUACGGCAAGCCGUCCAUAAAACCAAGCGACAAGCCGUCUAGCAAUUAUAAAACUCUUACCUCCUUUCACCAGAAGCAAGAUUUCAAAUUCUGGUUUGGCAUAAAGUUUACAUUUCCUACAGUGCUUCUUGAUACUGGUUAACGAAGAAUGGCAACAGAAUCAUCGGAAGGAGAAGAAGAAGGGAAGAUCACAGGAGGAAACAAGCUCUUGGUUAUCGAAGAUGAUCUUAGAGAAAUGGGAAAAAAAGCUGCUUGGAGUGUUAGUUCUUGCAAACCUGGAAAUGGGGUCUCUUCUCUUAGAGAUGACAUUCUUGACACUUACUGGCAGUCAGAUGGAGCACAACCGCAUUUGGUUAAUAUUCAAUUUCAGAAGAAAGUGAAGCUGCAGUUAGUUGUUCUUUACGUGGAUUUUAAGCUGGAUGAGAGUUAUACACCUAGUAAGAUCUCGAUUCGUGCUGGUGAUGGGUUUCAUAAUUUGAAGGAGAUUAAGACUAUGGAACUUGUGAAGCCAACUGGGUGGGUUUAUCUGUCCUUAUCUGGAAAUGACCCUAGGGAAACAUUUGUUAACACAUUUAUGUUGCAAAUUGCUGUGCUAUCGAAUCAUCUUAAUGGAAGGGAUACCCAUGUACGCCAGAUCAAAGUUUAUGGACCUCGACCGAACCCUUUUCCGCAUCAGCCUUUUCAAUUUACUUCAAGAGAGUUCAUUAUGUACUCCUCUGUGAGAUGAGAAAUAUGACCUUGCAGCAAAGGAGAAGAAUUGUGAAGCUGUCUCAAGAGGAGAGGUGAAGCAUGCAGCUUAAAGUAGCCAGACCGAAGAACGAUGAAGAGUUUCUUCCUGGUUUCCAAUGUCUGUUAACUAUGGUGUUCAUAUCUUAAUCAUUGUUGAAGAAAGAUGUAUAACUAAUUGGUUUUCUUCUUACGAGACACAUCUAGUAUUAGAUUGACCUAGUAAUUGAUCUAAAGCAGCUUGAAAUAUGGGACUAUAUUGUAGAGGGUUGUCUUUGAGCCUUACAAGGAUUUUGACAUUUUGAGAAUCACAUGGUAUAAAAUGUUGUUACUCUGCUUAAAAAUUGAGGCAA